UCAUGGAGGACGUUCGCGGCGCUCAGGAACAAGAUAAUGCGACGCAGCACGUGCAAGUAGAUGGGGCAGUCGGCAAUCCUAAAGAAAUCCGCGCCGCAAUAUACCUCGAUGAUAAUAGUUCGGAAGAACCCGAGCUGCAAAUGGAGCCCGUACUUCACGUAGAGACCCCCUGUGCGGCGGAAAAUGUGUCAAAAUCAUAUUUCAGUACCAGCCCUCCGCAGUAUGAAGCCAAGUCGACGCUUCUUCGUGCUGAUGAUGACAGUGAACAGCCGGACCUUCUGCCGACCAGCGGGACCCGCGUUUCCAUGCGAGGUGCGCAGACAGCCAUUCGAGACCCAGGACGCCAGCACAGCAGUGAUGAUACGUCGCACGAAGCACCCCACGAUAAAGGCGAGGAUGAAAGUGAUGCGGUUGAGGAAGAACGAAGAAAUGCUGGACGCGACCAACAUAACGAUUCGACGGGAGAGGAAGAAUACGACGACGAUGAGGAGGAUGAUGACGACCCUGAAACAGACGACGGGGAAGAAGAUGAUGAUGAAGAAGAAGAAGAGGAAGAAGUGGAUUCCGCCGCUGAUAACGAUGACGAUGAUGAAAAUGACAACAUCAAUGACGAUGACGAGGAAGAAGAGCCCAGACUCAAAUAUCAGCGACUGGCAAGCACCUUAAAUGAAACCCUCAAGAAGGAUGCGGUUAGCGCAAUGGCGGUGUCCGAUCGCUUUCUGGCGUUGGGUACACAUUGGGGAAUAGUACAUAUAUUGGAUCUCAUUGGCACCGAUGUAAAACGCUUCAACUGUCAUUCGGCCUCUGUGAACGCACUGAGUAUCGACUCGAAUGGAGAGUUUGUAGCUAGCGCGUCGGACGAUGGGAAAGUGGUAAUCAGCAGCUUAUAUACCACGGAAAUUCAGUCGUUCAACUACAAGCGCCCAGUAAAGGCCCUAUGCCUAGAACCGGACUACAGUCGGAAGUCAACCCGGCAAUUUGUAUCGGGUGGCAUGGCGGAAUACCUCUUGAUGAGUGGCAAAGGGUGGUUCGGAAAUAAGGAUGUCGUUAUUAGCUCAGGCGAAGGACCCAUAUAUGCUGUGCAAUGGCGUGCAGAUUUCAUUGCUUGGGCAAACGAGGCCGGUGUGAAAAUCUACGAUGUCAGUAGCCAGCAAAAGUUCGCAUACGUGGAUCGCCCGCCAGAUAGCCCAAGGGCGGAUCUAUUCCGUUGUAAUUUGGUCUGGAAAUCAGAAAUAGAGCUGCUAAUUGGCUGGGCGGAUAGCGUCAAACUUUGUGUUAUUAAGGAGCGGUCCAAGAUGGACAUCGCGUCGGGCCUACCGUCACGCUUUGUGGAAAUUGUCUGCCAGUUUCGCACAGAUUUCAUCAUAUCUGGCAUUGCACCGCUGGAGGAAGAGAUAGUACUGCUUUCAUAUAUGACAGAUUUGCCCGAAUCAAGGAACGUGGAUGUCAUCCAGCAAGGUCCUGUUAAAAGGACGAAAGCCAAGCCGCCAGAAAUCCAUAUAGUAACGUCCCUCGGAGAGGCUGUUGGCAAUGAUGUUCUUUCAUUGCUUGGAUUCGAGCAUUAUCGUGCUAAUGACUACCGACUUGAGUAUCUGCCGGCGGCAAAUCCGGCUGAGAACACGUUUUACAUUGUGUCCCCUAAGGACAUUGUUGUUGCAAAACCGCGAGAUUUAGAUGACCACAUUGAAUGGCUUGUAGAACGCAAGAGGUACGAGGAAGCACUACAGGCCGCGGAAAAGGCCGGUCCGACCUACGAAGGCCGCUUACAGGUGCACUCGAUCGUGGACAUUGGACGAAAGUACAUGGAUACUUUGUUAGACCAAGGUCGUUUCGAUGAAGUUGCAAGUAUAUGUCCAAAAAUACUUCGUGCAAACGGCGAACUAUGGGAGGAGUGGAUUCGCAAGUUCGCGAAAUAUGAUCAUUUGAUGAUUAUAUACCCAAAAAUUCCCGUGAAAAAUCCUCAACUCACGACGGACAUUUAUGAAAUGGUGUUGGAGUAUUUGCUGAAUACAGACCAACAACUCUUCCUUAGCACGAUUCAAAGCUGGCCGUCUGAUAUUUACAGCACUGCGGACGUAGUAAAACAAGUUGAAGACUAUUUGGCAAAGGAUCCAACAAAGAAGCUACUCAAAGAAGCUGCAAUGCAACUCCACAUCCACGACAAGAGAUACGAUCGUGCUCUGUGCUAUGGUCUGGUUCUGAGACAGCCUAAUGUCCUGGACUUGGUAGCGCAGCACAAUCUGUACACCUUUGUUCAAGACCAUGCCUUGUAUAUCAUGGACUACGAUGAUUUUUACGUUAGAACCAGCCAAGAGAUUGCCGAUAAAAUUGCAGUGGCAGUACAAGAGCCUGCCACCAGUACGACAGACCUAGGUUAUAUUGGUGGUAAUGCGCUAUUAGGCAAGAUUCGUGCUGCCGUUCACCGCCCCGGGGUACAGCUGCUGGUAAAUCACCCGGAUCGAAUAUUGGUAUCACGCGUAGUGUCCCAGCUUUCCGAUCACCCAAAGUUUCUGCACAUAUUCCUAGACGCCUUGUUCAGAAAGGAUUCACAAGAGGGUGCGGAAUUCCAUCAUUUGCAGGUGGAGCUGUAUGCCGAAUAUGAUUAUCUGCGGCUCAUCGAUUUCUUGCGUACAAGUACAUUCUACUCCAUGCAGAAGGCAUACGAAAUCUGCGAGACUCGGGAUCUGGUGCCAGAAAUGGUCUUUUUAUUGGGCAAAAUGGGUGAUAAUCGGAGGGCACUGAUGUUGAUCAUCGAACGCCUCGGGGAUGUAAAAAGGGCCAUCGAGUUUGCCAAGGACCAAAACGAUGACGAGCUUUGGGAAGAUUUGUUAAAGUACUCUAUGGACAAACCUCCAUUCAUCGUGGGAUUGCUUGAGAAUCUUGGCUCGCACAUUGAUCCGAUACGUCUGGUGGAGCGUAUUCCCAAUGGAUUGCAGAUUCCUGGUUUAAGAAACGCAUUGAUAAAGAUCAUGUCAGAUUAUGGUAUUCAGAUGUCUCUUCGAGAGGGAUGUGAAAAGAUACUCAUUAACGAUACCAUCGAGUUAUUGGAGACACUCUACAGGGCUCAGCGACGCGGCCUGUUGCUUACAGUCGAUAUGUCAUGUUCCAUGUGUGGCCUGGAUGUGGAAACAAAAGGGAAUAUGAAUCUGGUUGUCUUCUUUUGUCGCCAUACGUAUCAUGAAGAUUGCCUGAGCACAGCGAAUGAUGGUAAAGGUGUGGUGAGUGCUAGCUCGGCGGGCCUAGUCGGUCCUGGAACAGGCUUGUCUUCGACGGUGGAGUCUUCCAUUCGCCGUGUAUAUGAACGUCCAAACCCAGCGUCAAGAGGACUCGUGGCGGUAAACCCAUCAACGACAUCAACGGACAAGGUCAUCAGACUCCAACCUCAUCGGAAAGGACUGAUAUGUCCGAUAUGUCGCAACGCAAAGAGCGACGGGAAACCAAGAACGAAAGCAACUCGAAUAUCAUGACCUUGUAAUAAAUAAAAUCAAGCUAUAGUUUAUAUUGGAAAUUCUCCGACCAAACUAUCCAGAAAGCC